CUGAGGGAGCGGUUGGGAGCGCGGCUGCUGGCGGGGCGCUCGGGAAUGCGGCUCUCGUCACACGGCCUGGCUUCCAAGAGUUUAGAAGAAACCUUUCCUGGAUCCUCCUGGGAUACUGAAUAAAAAUGCAUAUCAAGUCAAUUGUCCUCGAGGGGUUCAAGUCAUAUGCUCAAAGGACAGAAAUCAAUGAUUUUGACCCACUAUUCAAUGCCAUUACUGGCUUAAAUGGAAGUGGCAAAUCCAACAUCCUGGACUCCAUAUGUUUCUUACUGGGCAUUACCAAUUUAUCGCACGUGCGAGCUUCCAACUUGCAGGAUCUUGUUUAUAAAAAUGGCCAAGCUGGAAUUACGAAGGCUACUGUAUCAAUCAGCUUUGAUAAUUCUGACAAGAAGCAGAGUCCUUUAGGUUAUGAGAAUCAUGAUGAGAUUACAAUCACAAGACAGGUUGUGAUUGGAGGCAGAAAUAAAUAUCUAAUCAAUGGUGUGAAUGCAAACAACGCUAGAGUACAGGAUCUUUUUUGCUCCGUUGGGCUGAAUGUCAACAAUCCCCAUUUUCUUAUAAUGCAGGGACGGAUUACCAAAGUUCUCAAUAUGAAACCUCCAGAGAUUUUGUCUAUGAUUGAAGAAGCAGCCGGCACAAGGAUGUAUGAAUGCAAGAAAAUAGCUGCUCAGAAAACCAUAGAGAAAAAAGAGACAAAACUCAAAGAAAUUUGCAAGGUUUUGGAAGAAGAAAUCACACCCACCUUGCAGAAACUGAAAGAGGAACGAUCCUCCUACUUGGAGUACCAAAAGGUCAUGCGAGAGACGGAACACUUGAGCCGCUUUUAUGUUGCAUAUCAAUUUGUGUUAGCUGAAGAAACCAAGGCACAUUCUGCUGACGUGCUGAAGGAAAUGGAAGGCGCCACUGCAAAAUGUAAAGAGGAAAUAACUGAAAAUGAGAAGGCAGUGAAGGAACUCAGCAAAGAAAUAGCUGAAAUGGAAAAGAAAAGGGAUCAAGAAUUUGGUGGUGUACUUCGUUCACUGGAAGAUGCCCUUAGAGAAGUCCAGAGAACGGAUACCAAAGUGCAAAGCACUCUGGAUAUCAAAAAGCAAAAUCUGCAAAAUGAAGAGAAAAAGCAUAAAGACCUGGUUAAAAACAUGGAGGAGGAUUCCAAGGUUUUGAUGGCAAAGGAAAAAGAAGUAAAGAAGAUAACUGAUGCCCUUAGUGCUCUUCGGGAGACCAACGGUACAGACAUAGCAGCUUUGGCUGCUGCAGAGAAACAUUUCAAAGCGGUGUCUGCUGGUCUCUCCAGCAGUGAAGAUGGGGAGGAUGCUACUCUCGUGGAACAGAUGAUGGCUUGCAAGAAUAAUAUAAGCAAAGCAGAAACCGAAGCUAAACAGGCUGAGAUGAAAUUUAAACAUGCCCAGAAAGAGCUAAAAGCCAAACAGGCUGAAGUGAAAAAGAUGGACAGUAGCUCCAAGAAAGAUCAAGACACUUUUGAAGCCGUCAAAAAGCAGAAAGAGAAACUAGAGACUGAAAUGAAGAAGCUCAAUUAUGAAGACAAAAAAGAAGAAAGCCUUCUCCAGAAACAGAGAGACUUGUCUUGUGUAGUGAACCAGCUGAGAGAGUCCUAUGAAGCUUUAAUGGCCAAAUUCCCCAAUUUACUCUUUGAAUACAGGGAUCCAGAAAAAAACUGGGACCCCAGCCAUGUGAAAGGGCUUGUCGCAUCUCUGGUUACUGUGAAGAAUGCUGCCACAGCCACAGCACUAGAAGUGGUUGCUGGGGGCCGACUCUACAAUGUCGUGGUGGACACUGAGGUUACUGGCAAAAAACUACUAGAAAAGGGCGAACUGAAGCGUCGAUAUACCAUCAUUCCACUGAACAAAAUUUCAGCAAGAUGUGUUGGGAAAGAAGCUAUCAAAGUGGCCAAAAACUUAGUUGGGGAGGACAACGCCCACCUAGCCCUUUCUCUGGUGGGAUAUGAAUCUGAAGUUCAGAAGGCCAUGGAGUAUGUUUUUGGGGGCACACUGGUUUGUGAUAACAUGGACAAUGCCAAGAAAGUCACCUUCGAUAAAAGGAUAAUGACAAAAACGGUCACUCUUGGAGGAGACAGCUUUGAUCCCCAGGGCACACUGACCGGAGGUGCGCGACCGCAGACGGUAUCAGUUCUGUGCAAGCUCCAGGAGGUAAAAGAUGUGCAAGAGCAGCUGGAAGCAAAGGAGGCUGAGCUGCAGUCGGUCGGAAAGGAGCUGUCUGGUGUGAAGGAGACUGCGGAAAAGUAUCGUCGCCUGAAGCAGCAAUGGGAGAUAAAGUCCGAAGAAGCUGAGCUGUUGCAAACCAGGCUGCAGCAAAGUGCCUACCACAAGCAGCAGGAAGAACUGGAUGCUCUGAAAAGAACCAUCGAGGAAAGUGAGCAGGUUUUGAAGACAACUCAAGAGGAUAAGAAAAAAGCAGAAGAGAAACUGAAAGUCCUUGAAGACAAAAUGAAGAAUGCAGAAGCAGAACGAGAGAAGGAGCUGAAAGAUGCACAGCAGAAGCUGAAUGAUGCCAAGAAAAAGGUUGAUGGUUCCAGCAAAAAGAUGAAAGGAAAAGAGCAGGAAGUUGAAGCACUGGUGUUAGAACUUGAAGAGCUAAAACGAGAACAGGCCUCUUAUAAACAACAGGUUGAUGCUAUGAAUGAAGCUAUUAAAUCCUUCCAGGGACAGAUUAAGGAAAUAUCGGUGGAGGUAGCAAAGAAUAAGGAAUCGGUGAAGAAGGCUGAAGAGGAGCUGGCUGAGCAAAAGGUGGUGGUGAUGGCCCAGGAUAAAAAGAUCAAAGCCAAAUCAGCCGCAGCGGUAAAAUACAAAGAACAAAAUAACGAAUUGCACCUUAAGGUCAAAGAACUGGAACAUAACAUCAGCAAGCACACGCGGGAGACCUCUGAUGCUUCUGCAAAGGUAGCCAAACUGCUGAAAGACUAUAAAUGGAUCGCUGCAGAAAAGCACCUUUUUGGCCAGCCAAACACAGCUUAUGAUUUCAAGACGAACAAUCCGAAAGAAGCUGGUCAGAGGCUGGAGAAGCUUCAGGAAAAGAAGGAGAAGCUGGGCAGGAAUGUGAACAUGAGAGCGAUGAACAUGCUGUCCGAGGCAGAGGAACGGUACAACGACUUAAUGAAGAAGAAAAGAAUUGUUGAGAACGACAAGUCUAAAAUCCUUGCAACUAUUGCAGAGCUUGACAAGAAGAAAGACGAAACUCUAAAAGUUGCCUGGCAAAAGGUAAACAAAGACUUUGGAUCAAUUUUCUCAACACUUCUGCCAGGAGCCAAUGCUAUGUUGUCCCCUCCUGAAGGGCAAACCGUCCUAGAUGGUCUUGAGUUCAGAGUUGCCUUGGGAAAUACCUGGAAGGAAAACUUAGCUGAACUAAGCGGGGGGCAACGGUCUCUGGUAGCUUUGUCUCUGAUCCUGGCCAUGCUGCUCUUCAAACCUGCCCCGAUUUACAUUCUGGAUGAAGUGGAUGCUGCACUCGAUCUCUCCCACACCCAGAAUAUUGGGCAGAUGCUCCGCACCCACUUCAGUCAUUCCCAGUUCAUUGUGGUAUCGCUGAAGGACGGCAUGUUCAACAAUGCAAACGUGCUUUACAAAACCAAAUUUGUGGACGGGGUUUCUACUGUGGCACGAUUUGCGCAGGCACAGAACGGAAAUAGUGGCUACAUGAUAGAGAAGUCAAGAAGGCAAAAGUGAAGGAAAAGGACCAGGCGGAUGCUUGAAGAGUACACUCGACCACAACACAAUAGCCCAAGUGACAUUUUUCUUAAUCCUUUUAUAAAAUGUGCAACCUUUGAAAAAACUUUAUACUGAGCAUAUUGCACACCUAAAUCCCCUCCCCAACACACUUCUUACACAAAUAGAGCUACAAAACUGCAGGAUAUUGUUCACUUUUGUUUGUAAAAUAACUUCUAAUAUUUCUCUCCUGGUAGUGAGUUCGAGGGUGAAUUCAAGUGCAAUCAAUGCCACUGGCUCCAAGCUCUUGAGAUACUGUUUUCCCUCUAUUUUGAUUAGAAAACUUGUACAUAUUUAUUAUUGCUGCCCUCCCUCAUUAAAACCAACUUGUAUAGCCCUCUUCAGCACUGAUCGCCUCUCAGUUCUGAGUGCUGACCACAGCCACUUCAGCAACCAGGCAGGUGGGCAGUUCCAGUUAUUUGCGAGUCUGAACGCUCUCGCUUUCCAAUCUUGGGUUCAUUUCUGGGAUGUACUGUGCACAAGACAUGAAUUCCAGACUCAGCUUAGUAAAAGAUGAGUUUAAUUAAGGAGUGUCUCCAGAAAGCAUGAAGCAGUUCAGGUUUUAGCAGCAGGCUAUUAAGAUUGGGAUUCGGCUUAUUCCAGUUGUGUUAGCUUAUUGUUUUGUUUUACAUUUUCCCAUGUGUAUGAAAUCCUUCCGUGCUCUUCUUUUCACAUGCAAGCAAUUGUUAUAUACACCUCCUUCUCUUACUUUGUUUUCCCAAAAUAAAGCCUGUUCAGAGAGCCCGGAUUGCU